UAUUGCAAGUUUUCUCUUUAAUAUCUGUCUCUCUCCCAUAAACCAAAAAAACACAAGAUACAAAAACAAAAUAAUGUCAGUAACACAAGAGAAUGAACGAAUCCAGAAAGCAUUUGGAUGGGCAGCUAGAGAUUCUUCGGGGAUACUCUCCCCUUUCCACUUUACUAGAAGGGUCAAUGGAGAUAAUGACAUUACAAUGAAGAUUCUCUACUGUGGGAUCUGCCAUUCUGAUUUGCACUGCAUUACAAACGAAUUCGGGAUUUCCCAGUACCCCAUCGUUCCCGGGCAUGAAUUUGUUGGUGUGGUUACUCAAGUAGGAUGCAAAGUAGAGAAAUUCAAGGUAGGAGAUAAAGCAGCCGUGGGCACUAUGGUUGAUUCCUGUGGUACCUGCAAUAGCUGCCAGGUUGACUUGGAAAACUACUGCACAAAUGUGAUCUUCACUUAUACCUUGUUUGAAGCCGGAGGAACUAAAACCUAUGGUGGCUAUUCCGAUAUCAUUGUGGUAGAGGAGCACUUUGCUGUCCGGUUUCCUGAGAACCUCUCGCCAGCAGGCGGUGCUCCCCUGCUUUGUGCUGGCAUUACAGUUUAUAGUCCCAUGAAAUAUUUUGGGCUUAGUGAGCCAGGGAAGCAUUUGGGGGUGGUAGGACUUGGUGGACUCGGGCACUUGGCCGUGAAGUUUGGGAAGGCAUUCGGGAUGAAGGUGACUGUGAUUAGCACAUCCCCGGGAAAGAAAGAGGAAGCAAUUGAUCGACUAGGAGCUGAUUCAUUUGUAGUUAGUCGUGACAUGCAACAAAUGCAGGCUGCAGUGGGGACUCUGGAUGGCAUUAUUGAUACAGUCUCUGCUCCUCAUCCUCUGAAUGCUAUGAUUGAUCUUUUGAAACAUGAUGGGAAGUUAAUAAUGUUGGGUGCACCAGAUUUGGAGAAACCAGUUGAGUUGUCACUUUUGCCUUUGCUUCUAGGGAGGAAGCUUAUAGCAGGAAGUAUCUCAGGGGGAAUGAAGGAGACACAAGAAAUGAUAGAUUUUGCUGGGAAACACAACAUAACUGCAGAUGUUGAAGUUAUCCCCAUGGAUUAUGUGAAUACGGCCAUGAAGCGACUCGCGAAAGGAGAUGUCCGUUAUCGAUUUGUCAUCGACAUUGGAAACACCCUUGAGAGCUUAGAUUGAUGUAGUGUAUUCGACAUGAUAUGGAGGAUGGACGUAAGAUGGCAUAUUUUGAUCAGUAUUCAUGUCAUUGUUAAGUUUGGUUAUAGUUAGGCUUGCUAGUUUGUUGUUUUUGUUUUAUUGUUUUGUUUUUUUUGUUUUUGGUUGAAGUUGAUUCAUUGUUUUUGUUCCGUUAUUUCAUAUUCUGUUUCAUA